AUGGACGAACUCCGGGAACUGGCGCUGCAAACCUUCCGGCAACGAUCCUUCAGUCCCAUCGGAGGCAUCGUAGGCUACCAUUUCCUCCAACUCUCAGCAGACCAACAGGAUUACAUCCUCCAUGAAUCCGUCAUCAAUGAAAAAGAGCUCCCCAUCAUCCUCGAAGGUACCACGAAUAGCAAGCAUCCUUCCCUCACCUUCUUCCAAAUCCCCAUGGACCGAGCCCAAUCCCUCCAGAUCACCCGAGCAGCCUUCCUCCACCUCAUCACCGCCAUCGGGUUCGAUCCCCAAGUCCUCUACCUCCUCACCCACAACUACGAUGACUACCACCAUCUCACCGGGUACGACACCGCCGCCACCGACUACCUCGGCACCUCCCGCUUCAGCUUAACCUGGACCCGGCACCUUGAAUCCCAAUCCACUAUUGCCCUGGUCCUCGUCCGCCGCGAUAGCCCGUUCCCCGAGUUACUCCAUCUGGCUAAUACCUACCGGAAUCAUCUGGCAAACCCCCGACUCCUUCCUUUCCUGGCCGUCAUCUAUAUCACCCGCGUCGUCGACCGCUCCACCGCCCAAGUCCUCGAGAAGAUCCACUACGUCGAGACCUGCACGGGCUACGGACCCAAUAACCCCAUCUCCCCCAGCACGCGCUUCAACAUCACUGGCUGGAGGAAAUCGGGGCUUUGCGAGCGUACUUUUCCAAUAAACACCGACAACUCGACUUCGUUCGACAAAUCAUCCCAUCGAUCAAGGAAGCUCUUCGCCCUGCUCACCCACGAAGACGCCGCCGCGAGUACCGAUCUAGCCGAAGCCUCUAAGCGCGACAGCUCCGCCAUGAAGGCGAUUACGAUCCUGACGAUGCUGUUCCUUCCGGCGACGUUCUUCGCCACCUUGUUUAUGGUGCCGACGUUACGGUGGGAUCGGGAGGAUGUGAUCCAACGUCGCUUCUGGGUGUAUUGGGCGCUUACGAUCCCCACUAUGGCUCUGGUGUUUGGGCUGUGGGGAGGGAUGUUGAAUAUGGAGUGCAUUCGGAAGUGGGUUGCAGAGGUGGUGGUGUGA